CUUCCGUCUGCAUCCGUGCUAUCCGUGCCUCCUGCAAACCGCAUGGCAUGUUGUUGUGUGCGAUCGUUUGACCAAAAGUUGUUCUUGACGCUCGCCACGUUCUCUUGGUGACCACGGUUCUAUGGUGGGGACACUGCAGCGCCUUUUAGGCUUAGCAUUUGGGAAGAAAGAAUUGCUUAGGUGGCCAUUUAUUACAAGCAUCAUGUCAGAACUGCAGAAUGUUAUAGAAAAAAAACAUACGCUGGACGACAGUGGUGGAGAGAAAGAUGCCAAGCGGUUGAAGUCAGAUAGUGAGGCACAAAAUGCAGAUCUCCUGAAAGCGAAGGCAAAGAAGAUGGCCUUGUGCAUGUGUUACAGUGGAAAGGACUAUCUAGGAAUGCAAAGGAAUCCAGGAACCAAGACAAUAGAGGAAGACCUGCUCACUGCUUUGUACAAAGGGCAGCUCAUACAGAGAGAGCACAUAGACAUUCCACAAAAUGUGAAGUUUCAGCGUGCAGCUCGUACAGACAAAGGAGUCUCUGCUGUGCGACAAGUGGUGUCCCUUAAGCUGCCCACUAAUAUCAGCAUUGAUGAAAUGGUGACCAGGAUCAACAGCCACCUAGUGGAUCAGAUCAGAGUCAUUGAUAUCAAGCGCACAACAAGAGGCUUCAACUGCAAAAACAACUGCGAUUCCCGCACCUACAGUUACAUGCUACCAUCAUUUUCAUUUGCGCCCCCAGGAGUUACGCCUGAUGAGUCCUAUCGUAUUACAAGUGAAAGAAUAGAAGAAGUAAAUAAGGUCCUAGCACUGUACAAAGGUUGCCAUAACUACCACAAUUUUACAUCUGGAAAGAAAUCUGAAGACCCAAGUGCAAUGAGGUUCAUGAUAUCUGCAGAGUGUGGGCAGCCUUUCAUUCAGCGGGAUAUGGAGUUUCUGCAGAUUAGGAUCAAGGGCCAGAGUUUUAUGCUUCACCAGAUACGAAAGAUGGUCGGUCUGGUCAUUGCCAUCAUGCGUGGGCACACGGACCAGUCUACCAUCCGCCGGGCAUGGGGCCCUGAACGGCUGGACAUCCCCAUUGCACCACCACUAGGCCUGAUGCUUGAGCACUUGCACUAUGACCGCUACAAUAAGCGCUACGGUGGAGAUGGUCUGCAUGAGCCACUCUGUUGGGAGGCAAAGCAGGACUUGAUCCAGGCAUUCAAGGAGAAGCACAUCUUCCCCACAAUUGUGGAGACGGAGAAAAAUGAAAAGUCAAUGUUAAACUGGAUGGAGAACCUGCCACUUCACUCCUACGAUGUACGUGAGCCAGGACCACCGACGCUUGAAGAUGCAGAGCUAUGUAAUUUGGCUGGGAGUGAUGAUGAUGGUCCAGACGAUGAGAAGGAAGCUCAAGAUUGCAGUUUGAAGAAGGAAAAUACUGACGACAAUGCAGAGGAAUCUUUAGAGCUCAAAAAGAAAAGUGUACAAUAAAGUAACCACAGCC